AUGCUGGAGUUGAGAUUGGAGGAAAGGAGUGGUCCUUUGGUUAUGCGCCAGUGGGCUCGGGGGUGCAUUGUUCAAGCCCUCGACAGCAUCCCCAACACAAUUUUAGAGAGACCCUUGUGCUGGGUACAACAACUUUGUCGAGAACAGAGGUAUCCAGGGAAUAGCUACCAUUUGAUCCGCUGCAACUGCAAUCACUUCGCAUCUGAUCUUUGCAGACGUUUAGGUGUUGGAGACCUCCCGGCCUGGGUGGAGCGGUUAGCCUGGAUUGGUGAAUCUUUGCUGGAAGCGUCUGAGGGGCUGGAGCGCUUCCGAUGUGUGGUCGAGGAUGCAACCGCUGUUGCAAGUCAUUGA